AUGGCAUCUCCACUUGUUGUUCAGAGCAUGCAGGAGAAGUGGAAGGUCUGUGAGGAGCAAGAGGAUCAGAAAAGAUCAUUGAUUACGGAGUUGUUCAAUCACAUAGAAAAGCUGUCUUUCAAGCUAAAAGAGUCAGAGCAAAGUCUUGAUGAGAAGAAUGUUUACAUACAAUCCAUGCGAACUUACAAAACCGAGGCACAGAAGCAAAUUGAUGAGCUUCUUGCUGAGAAAGACAACCAUCGUUUUGCACUGGUGGUGAUUGAUGGCGACUGUAUGCCUUUCAAGGAUGAUCUGGUCAAACAGGGCCUUGAAGGCGGCAAGAUGGCUUCAGGCAUGUUGAAGCAAGCAGUUCUGAAGGAACUUGCUGCUUUAGGCCCUAGUCUUUCACAUCACUUACAAAUUGUCAUUCAAGUUUACGCCAACCUCAGAGGUCUGAUCACAGCAUACCAUGGUUGUGGCAUCUUGACCAGCUCUGAGGUAGUUGAAGAGUUUGUUCGGGGCUUCAACAUGGGGGCCUCUCUGUGUGAUUUCGUUGAUGCGGGGAACGGAAAAGAAUGUGCUGAUGAGAAAGUGAAAGCAAACUUUCAACUUGCCACAGACAAUGUCCAUUGCAAGCAGAUCAUCUUCGGGGGCUCAGGUGACAACGGGUACGCUCGCCUGCUUGGAGAACUUCUGGCAAACCCCGUCAAGCGAGAUCAGGUUAUCUUGCUUGAAGGGCCACCUUUCGAAAAGGAGCUAGCAGACAUCAAGGGGAGGUUCAACGUCAUGUCGUUUCCGGACAUUUUCAGGAACCAGAAGCUCUCCAACGUCAAGCGCAGGGUUCCACUGCAGCUCACACCUCCAUCAACACCAUCGGUUGGUUACGCAGCAGCUGCCGCGAAGGGUUCAUCUACAGCGGAGAGUCCACAUUCAGUCGGUUCUCAAAGUGCCGCGCCGCUCGCUCUGAUUCUGCCUCUGGCCGGUGUGCUUCGCAACAAGGCAGCCAUUGGAUACGUCAAGAAGAAAGCCAGCGACGCCGCUUCACUUGAACUUGGUGAGAUUGCUGCUGCGAUCAGACACAUGACGGAGCGCUUUACGCCCGAUGCUGUCGCUGCCUACAUACACGAUGCGGCACACGAGGUCAGUCCGCAAAGACUAUGGCAAGCCUUCCUUGGUACACAUCAUACGCUUGUGACAUCCUGGGUGAGGGCCAAGGCUUAUGAGCUCGAUUUCUUCGGGACGCAGGAUUUGGCGAGGUACGUACAGGGAGUCAUGCCCAAGAUUGAUGGACUCGUUCAAAUCAUGGACGUUGCACAUACUGGGGAUUUCGACGUCAGCAUCUGCAUUCGGCGUGAGGCUAUGGCUCGGUUCUUGAAAGAUCCUUCGCUCCGGGAAUAUGAUAUCUCAACUUCAUAG